CGGCGCCUUCCCUCGCUCCCUGCCCACGGGCCGGCGCGGUAGAGCUGGGUGCAGACUUGGCCAGCCUGUUCCGGGAGCCGCCAGGUGUCAUCCAGCAGGUCAGUGGCAGAGCCAGGAAUUGAACCCACAUCUCCUGAGUCCCUGUCCAGUGCUCUGAAAGGUGAAAUUUAAGGGGACACCAUGACUGGGGAAGAUUUGCUCAAAGACACUACCAGCGUCAAGCCGGAACUGGUCUUACAGCACUGUUUUAAACAAUACAAACUCAGAGAUUUGUAUCCAAAGUUUUUCUUUAAAGUGAAACCAAGUAAAUUUGGGCCACCCAAAUCCAGACGUCGCAUUAUUAUCGCACCUCCAAUGGUAAGAUCAGCUUCUGAUGGUUCAAAACCCAUUCAGACCACUGCCAUCGAUGAAAAGGAGGAAGCUUCUGCCUGGCAAGUGACCCCUGAGGUAGAAAGCUGUCCCCACACUCCAGAAGAACCUUCAGAGGCAGGAGAUGAUCUACCAAAGCUGGAAGCUUGGAUAACGGAAAGGAGAAAGCUCCGGUCUCAACUGGAUAGCCUUGUGGAUGUUGAAAAAUGGCUAAGUCAAAAACUUUGCACCAGUGAGCAAGAAGAUAGAGUCCUGGAAAACUUACAAAACUGCAGAGCAAUGAGGAAGGCUGAAAGGCAGUUAGCUGCGACCAGAAAUCUUGAAAACCUGCUGCCAAAGCACGACCUGCCUCCUCGAAGAAGAGUCAUCCCCAUUAUCAACGCUCCCUAUCCCCAGUCCCUCAUCACCCUGCAUAACCUUCUGCACAAACAAAAGCUCAAGAUGGUGGACUUAUUCAGGAAGGCGGAUAAGGACAAGAAGCAGUUCAUGAGAUCAGACUUCAUUAAAGUUAUCAAGGGGGCCAAAGUCCCUAUCAGUGACAAUGACCUGGAAGAUGUGAUCAUCUUCCUUACUUCUUCAAAACGUGGGAAUUUUAUAACCAGUGACGAUCUGGUUGAAUGUCAAAAUAUAUGGCUGGAUACAAUGAGAGAUCAGACGAAACAACCUGGGGAGGCAAAAACAGCAUGUCCCCGAUUUCACACCCGAAAAGCUAUUUCUAAAACUGUUAGUCGUCCAGCAUCUGCUGCUGGCAAAACCAAAGAGACACAGCCACUAGCUCCUAGUGAACCUGGAACAAAGUUAACACUGUUAGAAGUUCCUCCUAUCCACACCGAACCGGAUCACAGACCUCUAACCUAUGAGGAAAUGGAGGAGAUUGGGAAGAGAUGCAGAGAUAGGAAACGAUGGGAGAAGGCCAAGGUCAAUCCAAUACAAUGGAUGGAACGCUGUCGACUAGUGAGAUCUGGAAACAAGGCCAUUGAUGAACAUUGCUUGCCAUCUACAAUGGAGAGUGAAAUGGGGGAAAUAAUUGAUCAGCAUCGAAGGACCUGCUACAUGGUCUAUCUGCAGUGUCUCAAAUUAUGCAAAGAAUAUAACAUUCCGUUUACCGAAAAGGUCCUGGAAAAAGCCCUGCUGUACCCAGGAGACAAAAUAAUAAAAGAAGGAGCAUAUGUGCGGAAGAUCAGACAGCCGGGGGGUCCCUAUACAACAAUGGAUGGGAGUCACCACCAAAGACGACUGCUUUUAAGCAGACAAGGAUUAAGAAAUGCAUUAAAAAGGAACGCCAAAAAUGGAAUGCAUGGUACAGGGAUUACGGGGCAACUACAUGGAAAGCAGAAGGCAUACAGAGGCAGCUGGAUGUCAUUUGAGGAUUAUGAACAGUUAACAAGACGUCUGCAUGCGAAGUGGUCUAAUCUGAGCUACAAGUCUCACGACAAUAACUUCUGGCCAGGUCACCUUCUGGACAAACUGCGUAUUUACCUCCCACAGAUAGAGCCUAGUCAGGAGCAUGCCCUGUUCAGCUAUGUUCGUCCAACACCACCUGUCUAUCCUGGUGUCUACAACCCACACCGCAGCUGGCCAAUGAGUGACCAGGGAUACGUGACCUAUGGAAAUACUGAGACUCAAAAGUAUUGAUGUUGUCUGGGACAGUAAUGCUAUGCAUAAUGAAAGCUUUGUAAUCCCUCAGUCACCUCCGUGGACUUAGGCCACCAUCAUAAGCAAAAUAAAGCUAUCAAAGCUAUGAAAGUA